CAGGGAUCGCUGUACUCCCUAAAGGCAACGCUGGUGGAGCCACCCUGCAACGACCCCACGGUGUGCCAGCUCCCUGUGUCCAAGGAAACCCUCCUCUGCAGCUUCGAAGUCCUGGAUGAGCUAGGAAAACACAUGCUGCUGAGGCGGGACUGUGGCCCCGUGGAUACCAAGAUUACAGAUGACAGAAAUGACACUUUCAGUUCAUUCCUUCCACUCUUGAACAAGGACCCCCUGCCCCAGGACUUUUCUGUGAAGAUGACUUCCAUCUUCAAGGACUUUGUCACCGCCUAUAACCGGACAUAUGAAACAGAGGAGGAAGCUAGGUGGCGCAUGUCCGUCUUUGCCAGUAACAUGGUGCGAGCACAGAAGAUCCAGGCCCUGGACCGUGGGACAGCUCAGUAUGGGGUCACCAAGUUUAGUGACCUUACAGAGGAGGAGUUCCGCACCAUCUACCUGAAUCCCCUGCUGAAGGAAGAGCCUGGCCAGAAGAUGCCCCUGGCCAAGUCCAUCUCCGACCUUCCUCCCCCUGAGUGGGACUGGAGGAGUAAGGGAGCUGUCACCAAAGUCAAGGACCAGGGAAUGUGCGGCUCCUGCUGGGCCUUCUCAGUCACAGGCAACGUGGAAGGCCAGUGGUUCCUAAAGCGGGGGGCCCUGCUCUCCCUCUCUGAGCAGGAGCUCUUGGACUGUGACAAGGUGGACAAGGCCUGCCUGGGUGGUUUGCCCUCCAACGCCUACUCUGCCAUAAAGAUUCUGGGAGGGCUAGAGACAGAGGAUGACUACAGCUACCGUGGCCACCUGCAGACCUGCAAUUUCUCUGCAGAGAAGGCCAAGGUCUACAUCAAUGACUCAGUGGAGCUGAGCAAGAAUGAGCAAAAGCUGGCGGCCUGGCUGGCCAAGAAGGGCCCCGUCUCCGUUGCCAUCAACGCCUUUGGCAUGCAGUUCUACCGCCACGGGAUCUCGCACCCGCUGCGGCCCCUCUGCAGCCCUUGGCUCAUCGACCAUGCUGUGCUGCUUGUGGGCUUCGGCAACCGCUCUGCUGUCCCCUUCUGGGCCAUCAAGAACAGCUGGGGCACUGACUGGGGCGAGGAGGGGUACUACUACCUGCACCGUGGGUCCGGGGCCUGUGGUGUGAACACCAUGGCCAGCUCAGCAGUGGUGAACUGAGGUGCAGCACUCAGGACCUGGUGGUGACCAGAGCAGCCCCUUCUCCUGCCUGACCUGCGUGGCCAGGCCCCUCCACAGGAGGCACAGCUGGCUGAGGGACGGGCACCAGGUACCUGAGGCUAGGAGGACCUUGGGGUGAAGGAUGAAGUCUUGGCAGCCGAAGCUGGGGCAAGAACCCUGGGCUCGGGUAAGGAGCAAGUGGGAAGAAAAUACUGUGGUCUUAAACCCAGCUCUGUCCUCAGCAGGCUCUGGCUUCCUGCCCUGGCUUUCCUCUGAUGCUAUAAAUUUUCUGGUCCCCCUGGAUCUGGGGGCAGUGUUGCCUUCCAUAUCUAGAGAAACUAUUGUAACCCACCUUUUCUAACACAAUAAAGAGGUGUCCUGGGCCCCA